AUCCGCCGCUCGCUCACACCGCAUCAUACAAAUACGCGCUUUCGCUGUAUACCCACGAAGAGUAUCUUCGUCUCGAAGCAUCUUUGUUUUAGCGACGCUCAGGAGUUACCGGCGUUCUCGAAACCUAGCCCUAAAUUUCGGUCGUUAUCUCCUUCAUCGAUCACGAUUUUCUUCGGAUUUAUGCCCUCUAAAGAGAUGGCUGCUAAACCUCUUACAACGGAGGCAAUUGCUCUUACAGAGAAGAAAAUGGACAUGGCAUUAGAAGACAUUAUCAAAAUGUCUAAAAACCCCAAAACCAAGGCUAAGAAGCCACGAAGGGUUCCAAACAAGAGUCAGAGAUCUUCAAAUACUCUUGCUCAGGAUAAAUAUAUGAAGGUGAAACGUUUUAUGGACACAAGAUCCUCCCUUAGACAGGGAGUCCUAGCACAGAGAAGGUCGAAUUUUCAGGGGAACCAUUUUCCUCUCGCAAUUGAGGUUGCACGAAAGGCUGCAGCUGCUACACUUCGUAACAGAGCUUUCAGUCAUAACAGGGUGGCUAAUUGGAACAAAUCAAGGGGUGGUGCUCCAGUGGUCCCAAGGAGGGCUCCAAAUGGAGGCUCUUUUGCUAAGUCACAGCUCCUGCAGCCGCAGGAGGGAAAUGCAGUACCGAAACAGAGGUCUACACUGGACUCGCUGUUUGCAAACAUGAAGGAGCAAAGGAUGAAGAUCAUGUCACAGCAGAACAAUGUUGCACAACGUAACGGUGGUGCACUGCGAAGACCCCCAUGGGCAAGAGGCCAAGUGGGCAACUAAUUCAACUCCCUUUGACAUCUGGAACGGAUAUCUUGGUGUGAGAAGACAAGUCAUGGUGGUCAUGUAUACUGGGUCUGCCUGCACUUCUAGUUGAUCCGAGUUGGAAUAGCCGAGAGUGCCCGAGUGCAGAAUCUUGGGGCGUCCUCCUUUUCAAUUUCUUGUACUACCAUUUCCUUUAACAUCUUGACGAUAGGUGAUUUUGUAAUUCCAUUUAGGCUUGCCUUGCACUGUCAAUGUAUAGCACUUUUUGUACGGAUUGUGGAUCCUUCGCUUGAUUUCAUUGCCGACUCUCUUUUUAGAAUGUAAGAAUGUAAGAUUUUGGCC